CCGCAGUCCCUCCAACAAAACGUUAUUUGCUGCGACUUUUUGGCCGAAGCCACCACUCGUACUCCCGCUGCGCUCUCUCGCGCAUCCAGCCACUACCGUGGCCCAGCACACCGUUCGCAGAGGGUUCGCGCAAUGGGCAACACGGGAAGCAGCGGCGGUGUCCUUCAGACCGCGGACACGAACUCUUCAGGCAAGAAGUUCUUCACCAACUUCCUGUGUGUGGGUUGCGGCUGCAACAAUGAGCUGCUGAAGCCCAUGUUCGCCACCGAGUUCCGCUGCUGCUGCCUUGAGCACGGUACCCGUGUCGACUUCACACAUUGCGACAAGGCGAGCCAUUUGUGCCUCGGCCGUGCCGGCUGCAAGGCUGGCCCCGUCGUCGGGGAGGUCAAGAACCCGCUCAUCGACAACCACGAGCUGAUCGUCGUGUGCGAGAAGAAUCUCGUCGACUGUGGUCACAGCACCAAGGUGGAGGGGCGGACGCAGACGAGCGACACGCGCAUCAGCGGGAAGAGUUACCACACGAAUUGUGGGUGCGUGGGCUGCGGGCUCGUGAACGACCUUUGUUCGCCGGUACUGGCAGGCGAAACGCGGUGCUGCUGCUUGGAGUCCGGCACGAGGGUCGACCUCAACAAUGUCAGGACCAUGGACGACCUCUGCAGGUGCCGCGCAGGCUGCAAGUUCUGCCCGGCCACGGUCGAUCUGAAGAACCCCAUUGUGGACAAUCACGAGCUUGUGGUGGUGGUGGAGAAGAAGAUCUAUGGAUGCAAGUAGAGAUGGCGGGCAACUGUAACGAACUAUGGGGCGCAGCCACUUCGGGCUCUUCUAAGGAUGCGUCGUCUUCAUGAGGGCCAAUGGCCACACAUUGAUGAAUAGUGGGGAGGUGAGGGGCAUCAUGGUGGUGGAACAGUGGUGGAUGAUUCGGCUGGGAGGAGGAGUGGGCGGAGGAGAUGAAGAGAUGAGGCAUGAGUGCUGUAGAAGUAGGAACCAAGGCAGACAGCUCGAAAGUCAGCUCACACUCACCCUGUCUCACAUGAGAUUGGAAGCAGCGCCGGCACAAUCUAUCAUUGGAAAAUAUGAGCAGCUGCCAGCCUCUGAUGAGCGAGCCCCAGUGCCCAACGCGCAGUGCGGGUGACGCAUUUGCCCCCCUGGGCGGAAGGUCAGGGCGGCCAGCGCUUUACCGAGUCAUGAUUUUGUUUUGAUUUGUGCAUUCUCACACGAAGUAUCCGCGAGCUGAAAGGUCGACAUGAUAUUCAGUUUUUCUGGCCAUGCAGUCUCCGAUCUUGUGGGGGGACUGGGCGGGGCGUACCUCACCAUGCCUAUUUGCACUUCGCGUGUGCUGUGAUUUUUAUUGCUUUUGCCGCUUAUGUCCACCUCCCCCAAAACACCUUUGAAGGAACGGAAGGUGCGUCGCGCGAGAGUGGUGGCCACACGUGGCUGGUUGGGGUGGAUGGCGCCCAUGGCUGGGCUGGGCUGGCCGGCGCACCUGCUCACUGCAUGUCGAGGAGUUUUCCUGGCGGUCUUGCUCCCCACGAGCUUCUCGGCGGGCGUGACACUUGUUGGGUCAAAUCGGGAGGGCAGCCUCAAGAAAAACCGGCGCGGCGCAAGCCCGAGAACGAUGUGCGCGGCCGCCCCGCUGCCCGCAACACACUUUUCACGGCCGUCGACAAAAUGUCCAUGUUGACCGGGAACAUGCUGAUUUUGUAUGGUGUUUUUUCUGGUCAAGUAGAAGGACCAGAUUUGAUUACAUUUGGGGGAAGCUAGGAGAAUUGGAGCAUUCAUCCACAAGGGGUAUUGAUAACGUGGAGUGGGUGUUGUAUUCACGUAGUGUAGCAAACUCGAGGCAGUCGGCGGCUGCCGUGCGUUCUAACUUCAACCUCCCUCCCGCGACGUUGAUCGACGUGAGGUAGCAACGACGCCAAACAGGAGCGAGCCUUCUCCUUCAGUAUGCAGCAGGACUAGCUCUCCUGGCGAGUCGCGGUCCAUAUCCGAUCGCAAUGGUGGAAUGUGGCCGUGACAAGGCUCAGGCUGUAGCCUUCCCUGUGCAGCGUCCCUCCGCCCCGACGCCUCGUCGCACCUCCCCGCGGCAUCUCUCCCGCGCUGCGCUCGCCGCUGCUGAGCUCAUACUGCCGUGCAGAUCUUAAACGAGCCCCGAGGCUGGGAUGUUACCCUUCGGCCUCGCAAUGAGACGGAAAGCCAAUAUAUAUAUAUAGAUAUAUGUAACAUAUACUCGAUACUCGCAUGUUGACGCGUAGACGAAGCAGUUGGAUCAUCCAUGGUGGCAGUCGUCCAGGUGUUGCGUGUAGCUUCGAGGCGUACUAUUACGCAGGAAGAACAUGGAGGGACCCAUGCCAUUUUACAUCCAUUUGCAUCAACCGUGACCAACCGUGCGAGUUGAGUUCGGGGUAAAGUUGCUGCAGGUUUCACAUGGUUUGGCAUACUACAGCGCCUGGGCGUUCGGAUAGCAGCGCCCACAGCGUGUGAGAUCAUACACAAAGUGAGUGCCAGGUUUGCAGCUUAGGUGGUGCAGGUCGCGUGCACUUCCAAAGAGAUGGCGCUUGCUACGUUAUCUUUUGUGUGCAAGUUCCAUGUUAUCAGAACCUGAACGGUGUGAGUUUGCUGGACCUUUGCAUAGGAAGCGCCAGACUGCGAUUUCGUCCUGUCGCGAGCGAUGUGUGCCUGAGGAAGUGUCAUCGCCGAUGACAAAUCUUUCUACGAUGGUAGGGACACGCUGGGUCUGGCCUUUUCAGGUAGAGCGGAUCCUCUCGCUUUGGUUCUAUCCGAGGCUCUGAGGCAGGGGUGGGAACAUUCGGUGGA